CCCUGCCGCACACGGAUCGGGGCCGUCGAGACGCGAUACGACGGCCCGCGCCAUCCACGCUCUCCCGAUCUCAGGUCUGCGGAUCGAACGGGACGCGCGGCCCCCGUCUCACCCGCCACGCGGCAGCGGCCCACCAAAUCGCGGUCGUUAAGGUACUCGCCUCACUUUCUCGUUUCACAUCUCGCGCCAUGGCCGCCGCCUCUCUGCUCCGCUCGCUCUCACGCCACGCGCGCCGCGGCUGCGCGGCCCCAGGCGCGUUCAGCCACCACCACCACCCUUGGUCGCCCUUGUCCACUACCGCGGCGGCGGCGGCGGCGGCGGGCGCGCAGGAUGAGGCGCGGAAGGGGUUCCCAGGGCUGGGGCCGACGGCGAAGGGGGAGAAGGCGCGGGUGGUGGUGCUGGGGACGGGGUGGGCGGGGUCGCGGCUCAUGAAGGAUCUUGACACGCGCGGCUACGACGUGGUCUGCGUCGCCCCGCGCAACCAUAUGGUGUUCACGCCGCUGCUCGCCUCCACCUGCGUCGGUACGCUCGAGUUCCGCUCCGUCGCCGAGCCGCUCGCCCGCAUCCAGCCCGCCGUGUCCACGUCGCCUGGCUCCUACUUCCUCCUCGCCCGCUGCACCGGCGUUGACCCCGACGCCCACACGAUUGAUUGCGAGACAGUUACAGAUGGUGAGAAAGAUGCCUUGGAGCCGUGGAAAUUCAAGGUUGCUUAUGACAAGUUGGUUUUUGCAUGUGGAGCUGAGGCAUCAACUUUUGGGAUACAGGGUGUUACUGAUCAUGCAAUCUUUCUUCGGGAAGUUCACCAUGCUCAAGAGAUCCGCAGAAGGCUCCUUCUUAAUCUGAUGUUGUCCGACAUACCUGGAAUUUCAGAGGAAGAAAAGCGCAGACUAUUGCACUGUGUUGUUGUUGGAGGUGGUCCAACAGGAGUGGAAUUCAGUGGUGAACUUAGUGAUUUCAUCAUAAGAGACGUUAAGCAACGUUAUUCACAUGUGAAGGAUUAUAUCCAUGUGACCCUGAUUGAGGCAAAUGAGAUAUUGUCAUCCUUCGAUGUGCGCCUUAGGCAAUAUGCUACAAACCAACUAAUUAAGUCAGGUGUAAGGCUUGUGCGGGGAAUUGUUAAGGAUGUGCAACCCAACAAAUUAAUUCUUGACAACGGAGAGGAAGUUCCUUAUGGUUUGCUGGUAUGGUCCACUGGAGUUGGUGCUUCACCAUUCGUUAAGUCGUUGCCAUUUCCUAAGUCACCUGGUGGAAGGGUCGGUGUUGAUGAGUGGUUACGUGUUCCUUCUGUUCGGGACGUGUAUGCUAUUGGUGACUGCAGUGGAUUUCUCGAAAGCACCGGCAAGGAAGUGCUCCCGGCUCUAGCUCAGGUUGCGGAACGACAAGGCAAGUACCUCGCCCGCCUGCUCAACCAUGUCAUGAAAGCAGGAGGAGGGCAUGCAAACUCCGAGACCGAAGCUGAUCUGGGUCCACCCUUUGUGUACAAGCAUCUAGGUAGCAUGGCAACUGUUGGAAGAUACAAAGCUCUAGUUGAUAUGAGGCAAAGCAAGGAGUCGAAAGGGAUAUCUCUCGCAGGAUUUGUAAGCUGGUUCAUCUGGCGCUCAGCAUACUUGACUCGUGUUAUUAGCUGGAGGAACAGGUUUUAUGUGGCUAUCAACUGGCUGACCACGCUGUUAUUUGGCCGGGACAUAAGCCGUAUCUAGAGUGUCUGUCUGUAUAUGUCUGAACAGUAUAAGUUCGAUUCAGUGCUAUAGGCCAUGGUCACUUGCUUUUCUUUUUCUUUUCCUUUUUUUUGGGUCCGCUUCUAUAUUUAUGUCUGUUGGCUGCCUAAUUUUAAGUUUCAAAUGCACAAUUCGCUUGUAAAUUCUGAAUAAAUGUGAGGAUACCCCAAUUACUCGCAUCUGUCGUGAAUGUAUAACACUUGUGCAGCUGUAGGUUCUUCCUUGUGAAAUAAAUCAAUUUCGAGCAAGAUUCACUGG